AUGACCGUCACCACAAACGGAAUCGCAUUUUCCCACAUCUCCGUCAAGCCUUUGCACCCGACAUUCGGUGCCGAGAUCAGUGGCGUGGACUUUUCGUCUCCUUUGAAGGAUGCAGUAUUCAAGGAGAUAUAUCAGGCUGUGGCCAAGUAUGGUGUCGUUGUCUUUCGUAGCACUGGCCUCACAGACGAGGCCCAUAUUGCAUUCUCUAAGCAAUUCGGGGAGCUAGACGAUGUGAAACCGUAUAUCGCCGCUGGUCGAAAAAACCGUCUCAAAUACGCAGAGCUCUUCGACGUUAGCAAUGUCGAGGUUGACGGAUCGAUCCUUGACCCUAACAGCCCACGUGGUCAAGCAAACAAGGGUAAUAACCUCUUCCACGUGGACUCGAGCUUCAACCCUCGCCGCGCCGGAUACUCCCUUCUCUUAGCACACGAGCUACCGCCGACUAGCAUAGGAGCCCACACUGCCUUUGCAGACACGAGGACGGCAUUCGACGAUCUCCCCCAAGAGCUCAAAGAGCAGCUGUUGGCCAAAGACUACAUAGCUUGCCACUCCAUGCACCACUCUCGCAAACUAGCCGCUCCCGAGGCCUUUGCCGAACUCAACCCGCUCGACUAUCCUAUGGGACGGCACAAGCUAGUGCAGCGCCAUGAGGCAUCCGACCGUAUGAAUUUGUACAUUGCGGCCCACGUUCACCAUAUCGAAGGCCUCGCCCCGGACGAAUCGCAGGCAUUGUUUGACCAGCUUUACAAGCAUGCCACUCGCGAUGACAAUACCUUGGAGAUUGAGUGGAAAGCACCAGGCGAUCUGGUUAUUUGGGAUAACACGUGCACUAUGCACAGGGCUGUUGGGGGGUCGUUCCUUUGGAAAUACAAGCGGGAUAUGAGACGGACGACUGUUCAUGAUUCUAGCUCGACGGCUUGGGGCUUGAAUGAGCACACGGAUGUUAGGCAAGGGCUUCCUUGA